AUGACUGCCUCACAGUUCGAGAUCAUUAAGAAGGACCCCGAGGCCCCAUUCCUAAAGGCAUGGGACGAGGCAACUGACCUGGCCGCCAUUCGAGCUCUCUUCCAAGCCUUCAAAGAGGCCGCAGAGCGCUCGCGGCCCGACCCGUCCACCGUAGCGUACACGCAGGAGGACACCGAGAUCGCGGUGCGCGAUGGAACGCGGGUCACCCUGCGCAUCCACCGGCCCAAGACGCCACCGGCCGGCCGGCCGGGCAUGGUCAUGUUCCACGGCGGCGGGUUCGUCGUCGGCAACCUCGAGGUCAACGCCGGCCUCGCCCACACGUUCACCGAGAUGGGCGCCGUCGCCGUCGACGUAGCCUACCGGCUCGCGCCCGAGCACCCCUUCCCCGUGCCCGUGCACGACUGUCUAGAUGCGCUCCGCUGGGUGGCCGCGCACGCGCGCGAGCUGGGCAUCGACCCGGCGAGCGGCCUCCUGGUGGCCGGCGAGAGCGCGGGCGCCGACAUCGCCCUCGCUGUCGCGCACGCGUAUCGGCAGGGCGUUCGGGAGGAAGGGCUGCCGCCGCUGACCGGCAUCUAUGCGCCGCUGACCUCGGCGGUGACGAGGGACUCCGUGCCGGAGAAGUAUCGAGAUCGCUUUGUGAGCAUGGAUCAGAACGCCGAGGCUCCCGUGCUCAGCGCGGCAUCGCUAGCAUUCAUCCGUACCGAGCCGCUCCUCUUCGAGCACGACGGCAUCCCCAAGACUUACUUUCAGGCUUGUGGCUGGGACCCGACCCGAGACUGCUCUCUGGUCGCCGAGCAAGUGUUCUCGGACGCAGGCAUCCCCACACGACUGGACGUGUAUGCCGGCCUGCCCCACGCCUUUUGGACCGUAAUGCCCGAUGCCGGCUUCUCGAAACACCGCCAGGAGGAUGUCCGACUGGCACUCAGGUGGCUCUUGGGGUCUUAA